UCUGAAUUUAUUCACCUGGCCACGGUGCUUGGCACGCUGCUGGGCGAUGCACUUAAACUCCGAGGGACCCGGGCUUUGUGCUCUCAGCACCGCGAUUGUAAGGGAAUAAAUGGUUAUAACAGUUUAAUGUGUAAUCCAAACCGUGCGGUAUGAAAAUCCGACCCUUCUGUAAACAAAAAAGCGACUUAAAAUUCUUUCUUUGGAAAUCACCUGGCCUGGUCUAGUCUGGAAAAAGAAGAAAACAACAAAACCGCAAUGGACUCUUCAUAUUUGGCGUAACGUUUGGUUUUAGGUGCAGGAGUGGGCAGAUCGCCCCGUAGUCCAAAGAGGAAUGAGAGAAUCUGCAUGCUGGUUGGGGUCAGGUGUCUUUAUUGGACGUGGGACUCUACAGUGACCCAAAUGCAUGGGGUUUUGAAGAAAAAAAACCAAGAGUUUUAGCGAAUGCAGAUGUUAUUUCCAUUUGUGAGAGCAUGCUUUGCCACUUCUUGUGUUCUUGCCAUGAAGUCCUACAUGCUGUAGAGCAUUGGGAGACAGAAAGAGGAGAAUCCCACAACUGGUGCUUCCCUCCUCUCCGCGAAUCCUUCUGCUAUGGGUGAGGGUUCCCGAGGGCUGAGUUGCUCUCGUGGCCAAUGUUCAGCAUUGGUCUGUGCCUGGCUCAGAGUGCAUGGAAGUGAAAUUGUGUGGAACACAAAGCAAAUGAGAAAUGAUGGAGAGGGUCAACUGGAAACUGAAGUGCCACUGUCGGCGUUUCACAAGAACCAUGGAGUACAAUAAGGGCUGGUUUCUGCACCUGCGUUUCGUACAAUAGAAGAUCGUGCAGGGAGGAUUUUGCUCAUUGGAAGAAAAGAGAAGGCCGUUGGCACAGCUGACCCAGCCCAAGGAAAGUCCCUGCAUUUCCAGGGAGCAGCCGCUAUUAAUGAAGCGCGUUCUGUGCAUCUGCAAUGGAAGAAAACAUCCCAUAAUUCUGCACUCAGAAAUACGUAGCUGGUUAGCCAGCGGUCAGCGCUGUGCUUUAAAUGACAACGUUUGCUUUGAGCAUUUCUCCUUCCACGCGCAUUUGGGUGCUGCUGCUGUGUUGCUCCCAUGCCUUGUGCUGAUGGCAUUUUCAGUCGCCUGCUGCUCUUUUAGAUCUCCAUGUUGACCAGGGGUGGAUGAAGGGUGUGGGUGCGGGCCGGCAGGUGGCAGCUUCGCCCAGCGGAUGACACCCAGCGACCGAGGGGACACAGCGCGUGCCACCAUCAGCUGCUGCAGUGGGUUUCUCCUUUCUUACCCAAAUACAGGUCCUGCAGGAAGAAUUCCAGCAGCCAAUCCCAGGGUACCAUUUCACUUUAGAACAGACCCCGCUUGUUGGUCCAGUAGCAGCGACCUCUGAAUGGCUCGAGUUGGAAGGGACCUCAUCGAUCCUCUGGUUCCAACCAGAAAUUGCUGUUUCUUCUGUUCCUGCUAACCAACCACAGCCAACAUUCAGCAUUUCCCUCCCAGAGCAGAGCUUUCAGCGAUACACAUCCUUAUUGCAGACGGUGGCGCUUCCAUUUCGCCAAGCUUUUAAUUCCGCCUUUUAGUCUAGGUGCUGAUUCAGGACCACGGUGCUGGGACUCCAAUGGAAUGAGCCCUUCCGCUGCACUGCCUUCAUAGCUGCAGAAACCCCGUGCUUCCAGAGCCAGUCAUGCGACCGAUAGCGCGUUGGUCUUGGAGGAACUUUUUAGCGUCAUGAAGAACAACACAGAGCAAGGGAAAAUAUAGAAGUAGUUGUGGUUGGAGGAUGUGAUGACAUCACAGAGUUCAGCGGGAACACGGGGCUUUUAAAAAGCUGAAAGAAACAUCCUGACACUCAGAGAUCGCGUCCCCCGAAAGGGAGUCAAACCCACAUUGGCUCUUAAAGAGCCCAGCUGUCUUCAGCCAAGAGACAAAAGGCUCCGUCCCACCACCGAACAUGCACUGGCAAAAAUCUUCUGCUGCAGAACAACAGCCUCAGCCUCGCCCCUACCAAGGGGUCCGGGUCAAAGAGCCGGUGAAGGAGCUAUUGAAAAGGAAACGGGGAAAUGUUCAUAAUGCCACUGCAGCUGCAGCCACAACGGUUGUUUUGCCCCAUCAGCCACUCCCUUCCUACUCACCUAUGGGCCAGCCGUGUAUCGACGUGGAUGCUGCUGCCCCUGCCCUGCCCGGUGCAGACGAAGGAGCGCUCUGCUCCAGCUGGCUCUCCCAGCCCUCUCCCACAUCCCUGCAGCCUCUGACUCAGUGGACCACUUACCCCGACUACGUGUCCCACGAAGCAGCCAGCUGUCCUUACACUGCAGACAUGUACAUUCAGCCUAUGUGUCCCAGUUACACGCUGGUUGGACCUUCGUCUGUUCUGACUUACGCUUCUCAGCCGCUGAUCACCAAUUUUGCACCCCGAAGCAGCAACCCGGCCGUGGUGCCCCAACUGGAAGUGACGGAGCAGCAGCCGCCCCUCACCUACUUCCCGUGGGCACAGCCCCUCUCAGCGCUGCCAGCCCCCACCCUGCAGUACCAGCCGGGCUCUUCCACGCUCCCCACGCCGCAGUUUGUGCCCCUGCCCAUCUCCAUCCCCGAGCCGGCCCCCCAGGAGCUGGAGGACGCCCGGAGGGUCAUCGGCACGCUGCCCAUAGAGAAGCUGCUGCUAGAAGAUGAAGACAAUGAUACGUAUGUGUUAAACCACGCUCUCUCUGUUGAAGGGCUUUAAGUUGUGCAUCUUGGGUCCGGUCCUCGUGUACUCAACGCUCCGUGUGGAAUCACCACGAGCAUUGAGUACAGAGGAAACCCGGCCCAGGGGUGAGGGUGAUGAGUUGACUUGGGGUUUUAUUGUCCACCUCCGGCACACCGUGGUUGAGUGCUGAGUGAAACUUGCUUUGUCCUGGGGCCCAGCACCCGAUGUCCGUGCUGUUACAGCCUCAGCACGAGGUGACUUUCAUCUCAUGGCCUGAAAUGGACAAACCGUAGCGUAGCCAUGGCCAACUGUAGUGUUUGGUGAGGGUGCCCUUGCCUCUAAGUGCUGGCAAUACCUUUUCAGUAGGACUGCUUCCUAGAGCUCAGUGUAAAUGCCUCGUGUAAGUCUUUCCCUGUCUGUGGAGCUGUUUAGGCCACUAGAAGAUGUUCGGGGGCCUAAACUGAUGCUUUUCAAAAUUGAACCACCCCUUUGGAAAACAAGAAAAUGUAGAGGGUACAUUAGUUCUGCUGGUGCCAAUGGGUGCAUCAGUCCAAAGAUGAAAAGUCAACACAGUUGAACACAUGGCAGUGCAGUUGGGCAUCCCUGCGCACAGAGCAACACGAAGGGGCCUGGGUGAAACCUUUGAUUUCACGUGAAGGUGAAACUCGAAGCUCUCACCUUACCUGUCCCUGUAAGACAGAUGGGUAGCUGUUGCAGGACCGUGCUUUGCGGUCAUGGUCUUUCAGCUGCAGGAUGUUUUUUAGACUCUAAAUUUCCACGCUGGAAAUGGGGGGCUGGUUCUGUGGCUGGCUGGUAACGCUGCGUGUUCUACCAAUGGACAGAUCCUGGUCCCACUGACGUCACCGAGAGUUUUGCCUGAGUCAGGAUUGCGCAGCAUGGCCCCAUGUCAGCAAAUCAUUGAGAAGACAGGGUCUUCCAAAAUCUGGACUUCAGCCUAACAAGAAAUUCGUAACAUUACUAUUAGCUGGCAAUACUUUUGUUUCUUCUGUAGCAUUUGAGUAUGAAGUUGGUGGUGUGCUGAGCCAGGGAACCCUAGUGACCUCUCUUGUGCCUUACUGCUAUGGAAAGUUCCUCUGCGCUGUAGUUUCCCAAGCUCACAGGUGCACGCAUUCUCUUUAUGGCUUUCUAGUUUUCUUUCCCAGACAAUGAGUAGCUUUGUCUUUUCCUCUGAUGCCACUGUAAAUAUUGCUGUUGAUGUUCAGGAGUGCCAUGCCGCAAAUAUACUUGCAGGAGAUGCACCCCCUUCUGAUUUUUGUUUGUCGUUUUCUUAAAAAACUGGGGGCUCUUGGCUGAUGAACACAAUUUCUCUGGGUUUUUCUGCUUUCUGAAGCCCAGGAUCCUUAGCUGAAUUUAGUACUUGUGAGACUAAGCAAAGUAAUUUAUUGCACUGCUGAUUGCCUGGUGCCCAGCACUCCAGUUGCCACCCAGGCAAUAUUUCAUGUAACUUUACAUUUUAUGCCUGAGUGAAGUUUGCAAGAUCAGAGCAAAAGUCUCGAGGACUUUCAAAGCAUGUUUCAUUGUUUAAUAUUCACAAAUCUAGAAGACAUGAGCAAUAGAUCAUGAAAGUGAUCGCAAAGUCAUUUGGAAAUAGCAGUAGUCCAGGCGCAUUGAAAUUAGUGGCUCACAUUUGCAGAAAAACCCAGCAAAGAAAUUAAUUAGAAGGAGCUUGGUUCACCACUGUUUACUCCAGUUUUAUGAGUACAGAAUCGUUCAGUAAAACUGGGAUAAUAGGUAUGUGAACCAAGCCUGUGGUUGCUAAGAUUGCAUUUUAAUUCCUUUCACUUCAAUGUAUGUAAAUUCUGUGUGUGGAUACAAAAGACGAACUGCUUCAGAAUUUCUUUCUGGGUUGUUCUGGUUAGAAAAAGACAAAUUAUUUUCCAAUAAAGAUCUACAGUAACUUCCAUA